AUGUCUGAUCAGCCCUCACAACACACACACACUCUGCUUCCACCAGCUCACACACUCACACACCCGGUACAGAUCCACACACUCACACACACAGCUGUUGCCAACCAAGAGACAGAGGACAGUUUGACUGGUCUGACAGGUCUAACAGCACUGGUACAUGCUGAGGAGGACAGAGACACAGAGAGACCAGCUAGCAGCCACACAGAGACAGGAGAGAGCAGUGUGAGACGAGGGGAGACAGGGGGACACCUGGGGAGAGAACGAGGGGAGACAGGGGGACACCCGGGGGAGACGAGGGGAGACAGGGGGGACACCUUGGGGAGAGACGAGGGGAGACAGGGGGACACCUGGGGGAGAGACGAGGGGAGACAGGGGGACACCUUGGGGAGAGACGAGGGGAGACAGGGGGACACCUUGGGGAGAGACGAGGGGAGACAGGGGGACACCUGGGGAGAGACGAGGGGAGACAGGGGGACACCUGGGGGGAGAGACGGGGGAGACAGGGGGACACCUUGGGGAGAGACGAGGGGAGACAGGGGGACACCUUGGGGAGAGACGAGGGGAGACAGGGGGACACCUUGGGGAGAGACGAGGGGAGACAGGGGGACACCUGGGGGAGAGAGACGAGGGGAGAUCAUGGGGGGCUCAUGGGGACCUCGUCCCCCCAACUCCAGAAACAGUCAAACUGACCACCUCCUCUGUCCAAUCACCUCACGCCAUGAGGACUAUCAACCAACAAUCACCUCACACCACGAGGACUAUCCACCAUUCAGCUCUCACCACCAGACCUCUCAACCAACCAACUCUUACUUCCCAUCCUCUCAACCAAUCAAAUCCCACCCCUCGACCUAUCCACCAAUCAGCUCACUCCACCCACCUCCCUGCAACAGCAGCUGUGGCCCGAGUCCGAACAGUCAAGAAGCGACAACACCUUGGGAGAGACCGAGAGAGACCAGAACCCCACCUGGGGCAAACGAGGGGAACAGGACCACCUCGAGACAGAACAGGGGGACCCACCUCGGGAACCAAGAGACCCAGAACCCCCCUGGCGAAAACAGGGGCAAAGGCACCAUCCCCGGAGAAACAGACCAGAGAGACGCCACCCCCACUUGA